CACAAACGACACAGCCAACACUCCAGGGGCUCAAAUUUGAAGCGAUAAUGCUGCGCGCAUUGGGUCGAGGAGCUCUGCGCCGGCCGUUGCUGGCAUCCCGCCGUUUAUCAUCCCUGGCCGCGUCGCAGGCCAUCGCGGGAGAUCGUGCUGUCGAUGACGAGAAGUGGAUUCGGCUCAUGCAGCAGACUAGUCGCCUGGAGACGAACGUGUUGUUGCCUCUAAACGAGAAGCUACUUGGACCAUUGGACCGCAAACACCGCGAGGAGAAGCUGCCAUCGCUUCCCUUUGUGUUCCUAUUGGGUAACCAUUCGUCCGGCAAGUCUUCUUUCAUCAACUACCUGCUACAGCGCGAUGUGCAGUCCACAGGCGUGGCUCCCACAGAUGACGGCUUCACCAUCAUCGCACCGGGCCGCGAAGAUCUGGACCAGGACGGCCCGGCGCUUGUGGGCGACCCAGACCUGGGCUUCUCCGGCCUGCGCGUCUACGGUCCGGCACUCAUCCAGCGCACGCAGCUCAAGGUGCGCAAGGGCAUCCAGGCCAACUUCAUGCUCGUUGACAGUCCCGGAAUGAUCGACUCGCCGCACAGUCCGCCACACCAGUCGCAGUUCAACUACGGUGGCCCCAGUGGUCGUCUAUCGCCUCAACAGCAAAAGAGCAACAGCUUUAAGGGCCAAGACUCGGACAGAGGAUAUGAAUUCCCGGAGGUUGUGCGCUGGUACGCCGAGCGCGCCGACGUGAUCCUGCUCUUCUUCGACCCGGACAAACCCGGCACAACCGGUGAGACGCUGUCGAUCUUGACGCGCUCACUUGUUGGCAUGGACCACAAACUGCACCUCGUGCUGAACAAAGUGGACCAGUUCCGCAAGAUCCACGACUUUGCGCGUGCGUACGGCUCGCUCUGCUGGAACCUGAGCAAGGUCAUCCCGCUCAAGGAUCUCCCGCGCAUUUACACUAUGUGCAUCCCGACUAAGGACAACCAGAUGCAAGCCGCAGAAGGUCUAGGAGCUUCAAUGAAGGACUUGGACGCUAUGCGCGAGGAAGUGGUGAGUGAGGUUCAACGCGCUCCUGAGCGUCGCGUCGACAACCUCAUCACCAAUCUGUACGACUCGUCACGGCUGCUCAAGAUGCACGCUGAAGUCUUCGAAGACCUGCGCGCUCGUUAUGCUAGUGAGAAGUGGCGUCGUUCGGCUCUUGUGGCUGCGACGUUCAUUGGAGGCAACGCACUCGCGGCUUCGGCGUUGGCGAGUGGAGUCCCCAUCGAAGCUGCGGCCGGACUGUCCGUUGCCAGUGUCUUGGCAUCUGCUGGCGUGGUGUGGCACAACUCGACUGUGAUGGCUCAACUGGAGCGUGAUCUACUGCAUGAGGACUCGCUAGGUGAGCUGUUCCGUCGCCGAUACGGCCGUCAGUUGGCCGAGGGAGACGAGUACGUCUUGUCGCUGUGGAAGCGCGUGUUGCCGUCGCUGCAGGUGGCAGCACACACACUUGGCUUCAGUAUGAUGCCGAAGCUCAAGAACUCGGAGAUCGCGGCACUCGACAACAUCGUGAGCAACGAAAUCCCGGAACUGCGUCGACAGUGCGCGCCAACGGACAGCAGUCUGGCCCACCAGGUUGCCAAGAUGUUCCGCAGCUAGAAGAAAUCACUGGAAUCAACACAAUAUACCGGCAAUUGGGCAGCAGACUGCCCUCUGGCCUUCUUUUUGAUUGUCUAUCUGGUUAAAAGCUAGUCGAACGUGAUCUUCUUGCCACUGAAGGCGGUC